AUGGUGAAGGACAGCGCGUACUACGACGUCCUGGAGAUCAGCACUGACGCCUCCGUGGCCCAGAUCAAGAAGGCCUAUUACCUCAAGGCCAAGCUGGUGCACCCGGACAAGAAUCCGGGCAACCCUGAUGCCGCGCGCAAGUUUCUGGAACUAGGCGAAGCCUAUCAGGUCCUAAGUGAUCCGGUGAAAAAGGAUUCUUACGAUAAGUAUGGAAAGGAAGGACUUCCCCAAGAUAAUAUGAUUGAUCCAACCGCUGUCUUUGGAAUGCUUUUCGGGAGUGACUAUUUUGAAGAUUAUGUUGGCCAACUUGCGCUAGCAUCUGUUGCCUCAGUAGAGAUUGAGGAAGAAUCAACCGCACCUGAGGCAAGGAUAAGGAUUCAAGAGAAGAUAAAGGACGUGCAAACCGAAAGAGAGCAAAUACUUACACAAAGCCUAAAGCAUCGGCUGCAACCAUAUGUUGAUGGGAAGCAAGAUGAGUUUGGUGAUUGGGCAAAUGCAGAAGCUCGGCGUUUGUCUCAAGCUGCUUUUGGUGAGGCUAUGCUUCACACUAUUGGCUACAUCUAUGUUCGGCAAGCAGCAAGAGAACUUGGAAAAAGCAAACUGUAUAUGGGUGUACCUUUCAUUGCUGAGUGGGUAAGGGACAAGGGCCAUCACGUAAAAUCACAGGUUAAUGCUGCUGCAGGUGCAAUUUCUCUGAUACAGCUACAAGAAGGAAUAAAAAAGAUUGAAGAGGGUGACAACAAGGAAGAGCAGCUUAUUAAGAGUAUCGAAGAGAAAAGGAUGCGAUGCUCAAUUCUUUAUGGAAAAUCAAUGUGGUCGAUAUUGAGGCAACGCUUUCACGGGUCUGCCAAGCAGGAGCAAAAUCAAACUACCGUCGUGAAAACAGCCUGCGUGUUGAAGAUGACGCGGCAGAAGCCACACCGUCUCACUGAGGAUGGUGGACAAAUCUGGAUAAGAUAUCAUAUACUGCGUCAUCAGCGUCAGCGUCACCGAGACUGCGUCACCGACCAGUGUGGAAGGAGACAAACAAUGCCUGUUUCCAAAGAUUUUUUGUACAGCUACCAGACAACAGUCACCAGCACGCAGACGCUCAGCAAGCCAAGAGGGCAUUGUCGCUCAGCUAGAGGGGGCAAUGGCGGAGUACCAGGGGAGUACGGGCACCCGUACCCGCGCGUCGACCAGUACGGGAACCCCGUGCCGCCGGUGGACCAGUACGGCAACCCCGUCCCGAGGGAGCCACCAGCGUCCGGUUUGGACAGCACCGCUGAUCCCCCCUACAGCGCUGGCGACACUGUCGCGGUGCACGUGACGGCGCUCGCGUACGAGGGCAUGGUCGGUGGCGGCGUGGGAGGCGCCCAACUCCAGACGACCAGGGAGGAGCACACGUUUGGCCCGGGCGCGCAGCUCCAGCCGACCAAGGAAGAGCACACGACGACACUCGGCGAGAAGCUGAGGCGCUCCGGCAGCUCCAGCUCCAGCUCGUCCUCCGAGGACGACGGGCAAGGUGUGCGCCGGAAGAAGAAGAGCAUCAAGGAGAAGAUAAAGGAGAAGCUCCCAGGCAGCCACAAAGCACGAGGAGCAGAAGGCUGGGCACGUGGCGCCGGCGGCGGCGGCGACGACGACGACGGGGACGCAUGCAGCGGGGACGCACGAGAAGAAGGGUUUCAUGGAGAAGAUCAAGGAGAAGCUGCCGGGACACCACCACUGAGAGCCUGGACCUCACUCAGCGUCGGUGUGGGGUUGAUGACUGUAGUACGCUCUGACGUGCUACUUAAGCCGUACAGUAUUAUUGUUGAAGAUCCUAUUCGCCGGCCCCUCUGUUGUGACGGCCGUUAUGGCCGUCCCGUUGGGAUGGGAAACAUGAUGCCCACGAUGUUCACCCUCCUACGUUCAGUGCUUGUGUCGCUACCUGCGCCCGAGAUGUCUAGCGCGCCGGCACCGGUACAUCCCAUCGGCACAGCACCGGCUAAGAAGAGCAAGGCCACAGCGUCAGCUAGGAAGAGCAACAGCUCGACAGCAGUGGUGGCAUGCACCUUUGGUCACGGCAACAGCGAUGCCACAACACCCCUCCAUUAUGGAAGCAGAUCGGCGGCGGCACUCACCCUCGGUGGUCGUGGCAAAUGGUGCAGCGCCAAAACCCAACUUCGGCGGUCUCGGCAGUGGGGCUACAAUUGUGGCUACCUCCGUGCAUGA